CUGGUCGAGAGCUGGAUCGAGAGAGCAUCUCGCCCGCUUCCUGCCGUCCUUCACGGCCGGGCCGCGCCGCGCUCUGCGGACGCCUGUCCAGCUCCUUCCUCUCUCCAGUCCCACCUGCAGGCUCGCCGGGAACGACAAACGCCUUCAGAAAGGGCUCAACCGGGCCUUAAGCCUGGCAAAGCAGCGCUGACACCGCGCUCGAGCGGCUGGAGAUUUGGGGGAGGGGAGGAGAGGGGAGCGCGGGUCCUGCCAAGCAGUGGUGCUUUAUUCCAGCAGCCCUGGAGCUGGGGAUCCUGUCUGUGUUCAGCCAGGAUAAAAGUACUGCCAGCUGGUGUCAGGCCCAAUAUGCAUUUGUCUUUUCUGUACCUCUGGCUGUGUUUCCUGAGUGGGUGUGAGGAGCAUGUGGGUCUCUUGUCUUUAACCUGAAAUAACAGACUUGAUUCAUUACCGAGUUGGCAGAGUGAAGAGUUGUCAGGAUGCUGAAGAACACCAAGGAAAAAAAGGGGUUAAGUUAUGUGCAGAAAGGCAUGGAGGGUCAAGAACUGCCUUAUGUGCUCAUUGACAGUAUAGGAGGGAAGCAUGGAGUAUAUGAAGACCAUCUUGAAUUUCUGAAGAAACAUUUUCAACUCAUCACCAUGAAAGAGUAUCUUGAAAACAAGAAAUUUCUCAGUGAAAAUAUCAAAGCUGUUUAUAUGUGGUAUCACAAACCAGUUAUUAAUGAAGGGCUGCUACAGAGCUUGCCUAACUUGAAGGUAGUUGCAAGCUCUGGAGUGGGGAUAGAUCACUUGGACCUGAAACUCCUCUCCAGCUAUGGUGUGAAAGUGUCCAACACUCCAUUUGCUGUUUCCACUGACACUGCAGACUUUGGGAUGGCUUUGAUGCUGGCAUCUUCCAGGAGGCUUGUGGAAGGCUAUCAGAUGGCAGUCUCACCCAACACAGAGUAUUCCCCUGCUGACUGCCUGGGGGCUGAGGUUUCUGGAGCAACCUUGGGGAUUGUGGGAAUGGGCACCAUUGGCUACAAAGUGGCUGAGAGAGCCAAAGCCUUUGAAAUGAAGAUUUUGUACCACAACAGGAAUCAGAGAAACAAGGAAGAAGAAAGUGCUGUUGGAGCUAUUUACUGUAAGAAGAUAGAUGAUUUGCUCCAGCAGUCAGAUUUUGUGUUGCUUUCUGUAAGCCUGACUCCACAGACGCACAAACUGAUUGGGAAGAGGGAGCUGGAGCUGAUGAAACCCACAGCUACUCUCAUUAAUAUCAGCAGAGGUCUGGUUGUGGAUCAGGAUGCUUUGGUGGAAGUCCUUCAAAACAAAGUUAUUAAGGCAGCUGCGCUGGAUGUGACACAUCCUGAACCUUUGCCAAGGGAUCACCCUUUGUUAAAUAUGAAGAAUGUUAUAAUAACUCCUCACAUGGCAAGUGCCACCAAAAAGACACGUCGCCUUAUGAUGGAGAACAUGACGGAAAGCAUAGAAGCUGGUCUUAGAGGUCUUCCUAUCCCUAAUGAAGUGCUACUGUAAAGCCACCUGCAUUUAAUGUGGAUGCCUUUAGUGUUUAUCCCAAUGUGAGGAAACGGUAAUUUGACCACUCUUGUGUCAUGAUCCCAUGUGUGUUAUACAGAUAACAUGUGUAAUGCAUCGAUUUAAAUUAUUUAAACAACUAAAAGUGAUUCUGUGUGGAAAACUGCAGUGUUUUGUCAUGAACUUCAAUGAGUCACUCAUGAGUCACACAAUCACACAGAAUCACAGAAUGUUAGGGAUUGGAAAGGACCUCAAAAGAUCAUCUAGUCUAGUCCCCCCACCAGAGCAGAAACACCUAGAUGAGGUUACACAGGAAGACUUCCAGGUGGGUGUUGAAUAUCUCCAGAGAAAGACACUCCACAGCCUCCCUGGGCAGCCUGUUCCAGUGUUCUGCUACCCUCACUAAGAAGUUGUUUCUUCUCAUAUUUAAGAGAAACCUCCUGUGUUCCAGUUUGUAUCCAUUGCCCCUUCUCCUAUCAUUGGUUGUCACCAAGAAGAGCCUGGCUCCAUCCCCAUGACACUCACCCUUUACAAAUUUAUAAACAUUAAUGAGGUCACCCCUCAGUCUCCUCCAAGCUAAAGAGACCCAGCUCCCUCAGCCUUUCCUCAUAAGGGAGAUGCUCCACUCCCUUCAUCGUCUUUGUUAGCCUGUGCUGGACUCUCUUCUCCAGCAGUUCCCUGUCCUUGAACUGAGGGGCCCAGAACUGGUCCAUAGUCCAUAGUCUUGUGUUGGUGUACUUUAUUUUUCCUGCAUGCUCUUAAAAUGGCCUGUCGGCACACCACCAAACUGAAGGACAUUUGCGUCGUGCUCUAGUGCCGCCGCCGAACCUCAUGGCCGGGCAGAGCACAGUCAGCGUGUCCGCCCGGCUGCUUCUGCCGCCGCGGCAGCAGCGCUUGUCCUUGGGGAACAGCUUGCAAGGCCUUUGCUGGGGCGGCCUUUUCAUGGGAAGGCAUCAACUGUGUUUAUUUUCACGUCCAAAUAACUCACCAACUAACAGAGCCUGUGCCCGGGUUUGCCUGCGCGGGACGAGGCCGCGCCUGUUUACGAGCUGUCCCCCAGCCCCGCGGGCCCGCCCUUGCGCCUGUGCCCGGGCAGCUCUGCCCCGCUUCCCGCCCGGGCCGGCAGGGCCGCCCACCAGCAUCGCCGUGACCGCCGGGGCGCUGCAGCCUCGGGCCGCCGCGCCGCGAGGGGGAGCCGGCACCGCCGGGCGGCCGCCGUGGAGAGGUUCACAGCGCCGGGCCGGGCCGGGCCGGGCCGCGGCGGCAGCAUGUGGGGCGCCCGGGCGGCGGCGGUGCUGCCGUGGUGCCGGGCGCUGCGCAGCUCCGCCGCCCUGGGCGGUACCAGGCACCUGCUGAAGAAAAUGCUCCGCAAAAACAA